AUGAACGUUACCGGGAAGCACCCUCCAGAACUGCUUGAGCGCCCUGUCAGCCUUCUCGUACCAACUUGGACAAAGACUGGAAUAGCAUUGCUGUAUAAUGAAGAGUCUAAUCAUUCGUAUGACAUUCGACUAAAGCUAACAAAAGAAAUAUUAACAAUUCAGAAACAAGACGUCAUUGGCAUCAGUGGAAGUGAAUCAAAUUCAAACCACAGAACUGUUACUCUUCGACGACAAGCUGUUGGGGGAUUGGGACUGAGCAUAAAAGGGGGUGCUGAGCAUAAAGUGCCCGUGGUCAUAUCAAAAAUAUUUAAAGAUCAAGUAGCUGAUCAAACAGGAAUGCUCUUCAUCGGAGAUGCAGUGUUACAGGUUAAUGGAAUUAAUGUAGAAAAAUCUACACAUGAAGAAGUGGUACACAUAUUACGGAGUGCCGGAGAUGAAGUUACCAUCACCGUUCAGUACCUCAGGGAAGCGCCAUCAUUUCUUAAGCUCCCAUUAGGUUCUCCAGGACCAUCAAGUGAUCACAGCAGUGGAACAUCCUCCCCACUUUUUGACAGUGGUUUACAUCUAAAUGGAAAUUCCACAAACACAGCACCAUCAUCACCUUCCUCACCCACAACUAAUGAACCAAAGUAUGAGAAACGCUGGCUUGACACCUUAUCUGUCCCUCUGUUGAUGGCUCGCAUCUCAAGAUACAAAGCUGGAACAGAUAAAUUAAGGCCUAACAGUUUUGAAGUGCUUGCCUUAGAUGGAGUGAGCACUGGAAUACUUCAGUUCUGUACAGCCACAGAAAGCACUGACUGGCUUCGAGCAAUAUCAACAAACAUCAGUGACCUAACACUUCAAAAUAUGAAAAUGGCCAACAAGUGCUGUUCUCCUAAUGACCAGGUUAUUCAUAUGGGGUGGGCCAGUGAAAGACUUCAAGGGACGGACUCUUCACAGCUGUACAAUUUCAAGUUUCUGGCACUAAAGGGAUCAUCUUUCUACAUUUUCAGCACCCCCCCGGUCAGUACAUUAGACUGGGUACGAGCGGAAACAAUCUAUAACCUCUGUGAGGUUCUCUUUAAGGUUCACAAGCUCCAGAUAGAAGAUUGCUGGCUACAAGCAAACUUAUAUCUAGGCCUUCACCAGGAUUGGGAGCUCCGCGACCAACGGCCGUAUUGCUUCAGUGUCAUGGCUGGACAAGGCAAGAGCCACUACCUUAGUGUGGAACUAGGAAGCGAUUUGGCAGAGUGGGAGAAAUCUUUCCAAAGAGCGAUUUUUAUGGAAGUACAGAGGACAGGGUCCAAGACAUACAUGUGUAGCAGCCAAGGAAAGCUACUCUGCUUUAUUAUUGACUUUGGGACAGGCUUUACCUGCUUUGAAAAUAUCUCCAAGAAUGUUCUUUGGAAGUACAAGUUUUCACAACUGAAAGGGUCUUCUGAUGAUGGAAAGACACGGGUGAAACUUCUUUUCCAGAAUUCCGAUACCAAACAGAUUGAGAUGAAGGAAUUGGAAUUUGCUGACCUCACUGCAGUUCUACACUGUAUACACUCUUUUGUAGCAGCAAAAGUGGCAGCUGUGGAUCCGCUAUUUAUUGACAGUCAAAGUUUUGCAAGAAAAUACAUGUACAGCAGCUAA